AUGGCUCAAGCCGCCAAACAGCUGAAGAAGAUUAAAGACAUAGAGGCCCAGGCCCUCCAGGAGCAGAAGGAAAAGGAGGAAUCCAACAAAAAGAGGAGGAACCGAUCCCGGGACCGAAAGAAAAAGGCCGAUGCUGCAACCAGUUUUCUGCGGGCAGCGAGGUCAGGAAACCUUGACAAAGCCUUGGACCACCUGCGGAAUGGGGUAGAUAUAAACACCUGUAACCAGAAUGGGUUGAAUGGUUUACAUCUGGCCUCUAAAGAGGGCCACGUGAAAAUGGUGGCUGAGCUUCUACACAAGGAAAUCAUUUUAGAAGCAGUGACCAAGAAAGGGAACACAGCUCUGCAUAUUGCUGCCCUCGCAGGUCAAGAAGAAGUGGUCCGGGAACUUGUUAACUAUGGAGCAAAUGUCAAUGCCCAGUCUCAGAAAGGCUUUACACCUCUGUACAUGGCAGCACAAGAAAACCAUUUAGAAGUAGUUAAAUUUCUCCUGGAGAAUGGAGCUAAUCAGAAUGUAGCCACAGAAGAUGGCUUCACACCAUUGGCUGUCGCCCUGCAGCAGGGCCAUGAGAACGUGGUUGCUCACCUGAUCAAUUACGGGACGAAGGGCAAGGUGCGCCUUCCCGCCCUGCACAUUGCCGCCCGCAAUGACGACACAAGGACCGCUGCCGUGCUUCUGCAGAACGACCCGAACGCCGAUGUGCUCUCCAAGACCGGAUUCACUCCGCUGCAUAUUGCAGCUCACUAUGAGAACCUCAACGUGGCCCAGCUACUGCUGAAUCGGGGCGCGAGUGUCAACUUCACACCACAGAAUGGCAUCACGCCCCUGCACAUUGCUUCCCGACGGGGGAAUGUAAUCAUGGUGCGACUCCUGCUGGACCGAGGGGCUCAGAUAGAAACGAGGACCAAGGAUGAGCUGACGCCGCUUCACUGUGCUGCUCGGAAUGGGCAUGUGCGCAUCUCAGAGAUUCUGCUGGACCACGGAGCCCCCAUCCAGGCAAAGACCAAGAAUGGCUUGUCCCCAAUCCACAUGGCGGCUCAGGGAGACCAUCUCGACUGUGUCCGACUCCUGCUUCAGUACAACGCAGAGAUAGAUGACAUCACCCUGGAUCAUCUAACUCCGCUCCACGUCGCAGCCCACUGUGGCCAUCACAGGGUGGCCAAGCUCCUUUUGGAUAAAGGGGCCAAACCAAACUCUCGGGCUCUGAAUGGCUUCACCCCCUUGCACAUUGCCUGUAAGAAGAACCACAUCCGGGUGAUGGAGCUGCUGCUCAAGACCGGGGCCUCCAUCGAUGCGGUCACAGAGUCUGGACUGACUCCCCUGCAUGUAGCUUCCUUCAUGGGGCACCUGUCCAUUGUGAAGAUCCUCCUGCAGCGGGGAGCGUCCCCGAACGUCUCCAAUGUGAAAGUAGAGACCCCACUGCACAUGGCAGCCAGAGCCGGGCAUACUGAAGUGGCAAAAUAUUUGCUCCAGAACAAAGCCAAAGUCAACGCCAAAGCCAAGGAUGACCAGACUCCUCUACACUGUGCCGCCCGCAUCGGCCACACCAACAUGGUCAGGGUUUUACUGGAAAAUGGCGCUAAUCCCAACCUGGCCACCACAGCUGGCCACACUCCCCUGCACAUCACGGCACGAGAGGGCCACGUGGAGACUGCCCUGGCCCUGCUGGAAAAGGAAGCCUCCCAGACUUGCAUGACCAAGAAAGGAUUUACCCCCCUCCACGUGGCUGCCAAAUACGGGAAGGUAAAUGUGGCUGAAUUGUUGCUGGGCCGAGAUUCCCAUCCAAAUGCAGCCGGAAAGAAUGGCUUGACUCCUCUGCAUGUUGCUGUGCAUCACAACAACCUGGAGAUCGUGAAAAUGCUUCUGCCCCGAGGAGCUUCUCCACACAGCCCUGCUUGGAAUGGCUACACCCCUUUGCACAUCGCUGCCAAACAGAACCAAAUGGAGGUUGCUGGUCAUCUACUGCAAUAUGGAGGCUCGGCCAAUGCAGAGUCCGUGCAAGGAGUGACUCCCCUUCACCUCUCGGCCCAAGAGGGUCACGCCAACAUGGUUGCCUUGCUACUCUCCAAACAAGCCAACGGCAAUCUGGGGAACAAGAGCGGACUCACUCCUCUCCAUCUUGUCGCCCAGGAGGGCCACGUCCCCGUGGCCGAUGUUCUGAUCAAGCACGGAGUCACUGUGGAUGCCACCACGCGGAUGGGGUACACCCCUCUCCACGUGGCCAGCCAUUACGGAAACAUCAAGCUUGUGAAAUUUCUUCUGCAGCACCAAGCGGAUGUCAACGCAAAAACCAAGCUAGGUUACACACCCCUACACCAAGCAGCCCAACAAGGUCAUACAGAUAUUGUCACCUUGCUGCUAAAAAAUGGAGCUUCCCCCAACGAGAUCAGCUCGAAUGGAACCACUCCCCUGGCUAUUGCAAAGCGCCUUGGUUACAUUUCUGUAACAGAUGUGCUUAAAAUCGUCACUGAUGAAACCAGUGUUGUGUUAAUAAGCGACAAGCAUCGGAUGAGCUUCCCAGAGACAGUGGAUGAGAUUCUGGAUGUCUCCGAGGAUGAAGGAACUGCUCAUGUAACUAUAAUGGGGGAGGAUCUUGUCAGCUCCAAGCCUGAGAAGCAGGACUCCAGGGAUGCAGAUGAAGAGAAGGAGCUGGCGGAUUUUGUGCCCAAACUCGAUCAAGUGGUGGAAUCGCCAGCCAUUCCCAGAAUUCCAUGUGUCACGCCUGAGACUGUGGGGAUCAGAUCUGAGGAAGCAGAUCAGGCAUCCAAAGAUUACGAUGAAGACUCGCUGAUUCCCAGCAGCCCAGCCACAGAGACCUCCGAUAAUAUUAGUCCCGUGGCCAGCCCAAUACACACAGGGUUCCUGGUGAGCUUCAUGGUGGACGCUCGAGGGGGUUCCAUGAGGGGAAGCCGCCACAACGGGCUGAGGGUGGUCAUCCCACCACGCACCUGUGCUGCGCCGACACGCAUUACCUGCCGCCUGGUGAAACCACAGAAGUUAACGUCCCCCCCACCGCUGGCAGAGGAAGAGGGUCUGGCCAGCCGAAUCAUUGCUCUGGGACCUACCGGGGCCCAGUUCCUGAGCCCCGUGAUCGUAGAGAUCCCCCAUUUCGCGUCCCAUGGCCGAGGAGACAGAGAGCUGGUUGUGCUGCGGAGUGAGAACGGCUCCAUGUGGAAGGAGCACCGGAGCCGGUAUGGAGAAAGCUACCUAGAUGAGGUUCUCAAUGGCAUGGAUGAAGAGCUGGAGAGCCUGGAGGAGCUGGAGAAGAAGCGGGUUUGCCGGAUUGUUACCACCGAUUUCCCCCUGUACUUCGUGGUCAUGUCCCGGGUCUGCCAAGACUACGAUAUGAUUGGCCCAGAGGGGGGCUUUCUGGAGAGCAGCCUGGUUCCUCUGGUUCAAGCCACUUUUCCCGAGACUGCGGUGACCAAGAAAGUCAAACUGGCUCUGCAGGCUCAGCCGGUGCCAGACGAGCUGGUCACCAAGCUUUUGGGGAACCAGGCUACCUUCAGCCCUAUCGUCACCGUGGAGCCCCGCCGCAGGAAGUUCCACCGUCCCAUUGGGCUGCGGAUCCCCCUCCCUCCAUCCUGGAAAGACAAUCCUCGGGACAGCGGGGAGGGGGACACCACAAGCCUCCGCCUGCUCUGCAGUGUCAUUGGAGGAACAGCACAAGCCCAGUGGGAGGAUAUCACGGGAACCACUAAGCUGGUCUACGCGAACGAGUGUGCCAACUUCACAACAAAUGUGUCUGCGAGAUUCUGGCUGUCGGACUGCCCCCGAACAGCAGAAGCUGUGAAUUUUGCAACUCUCCUGUACAAAGAGCUGACGGCUGUGCCGUAUAUGGUGAAGUUCGUGGUGUUUGCCAAGAUGAAUGAUUCCCGGGAGGGGCGGCUGCGCUGCUAUUGCAUGACAGACGAUAAAGUGGACAAGACCCUGGAGCUGCACGAAAACUUCGUGGAGGUGGCCAGGAGUAGGGAUAUCGAGGUGCUGGAAGGAAUGCCCCUCUAUGCAGAAUUAUCAGGGAACCUUGUACCCAUCAAAAAAGCUGCCCAGCAACGAAGCUUCCAUUUCCAGUCUUUUCGGGAAAAUCGGCUUGCAAUACCAGUGAAGGUACGGGACAUCAGCAGAGAAUCAGGAGGCUCGCUCUCAUUUCUGCGGAAGGCGAUGAAGUAUGAGGAUUCUCAGCAUAUACUCUGCCACCUGAAUAUCACCAUGCCCCUGUGCACCAAGGGGAGUGGAGCCGAUGAUAGGAGAAGAACCUUAACCCCUCUGGCCCUGAGGGAAAGAUACAGCAUUCUCAGUGAGACCACGCUAGGAUCUUCUCUCAGUGGGACAGACAGGGCAGAUCUGAAGAUGGCCAUAAUAUCAGAGCACCUAGGUCUCAGCUGGGCAGAGCUGGCUCGGGAGUUACAAUUCAGCGUGGAAGAUAUCAACAGGAUCCGAGUCGAGAACCCCAACUCACUGCUGGAGCAGAGCGUGGCCCUGCUGAACCUAUGGGUCAUCCGGGAAGGAAAAAAUGCAAAGAUGGAAAGUCUUUAUACAGCACUGAGAAAUAUCGACCGGAGUGAGAUCGUGAACAUGUUGGAGGGCUCCGGGCGGCAGAGCCGCAGUCUGAAGCCAGAUAGGCGCUACCCAGACCGAGAUUACUCCUUAUCACCCUCCCAGAUGAAUGGUUACACUUCGCUGCAGGACGAGCUGCUCUCCCCUGCAUCCCUGCACUACACGCUGCCCUCUCCGCUGCGUGUAGACCAGUACUGGAAUGAGGUGGCCAUCAUGGAUGCCAUCCCCAUGGCAACCACGGAGCAUGAUGCCCUGAUGGAAAUGUCUGACAUGCAGGUGUGGUCCUCGGGGCUCACCCCUUCCCUGGUGACAGCUGAAGACUCCUCUCUGGAGUGUAGCAAGGCAGAGGACUCUGAUGCUACUGGCGAUUGGAAACCGCCGGAACCCCAGUUAGAAGACACCCAAGGUCCCGACCACUUGGGUUCUUUGGAUCUUGUUGAGGACGACACAGUGGAUUCAGAUGCCACGAAUGGCCUUAUCGAUUUGCUUGACCAGGAGGAAGGUCAGAGGUCAGAAGAGAAGAUGCCAGGUUGUGAGAGGCAGGUUGAUUCAGCUGGAGGGGAACAGGAUUCAGAGAGUGAAGUCUCUCUUAUUUCAGGCCAGCAGAGGGUUCACGCCAGAAUCAAGGACUCCCCGACUGUGAGCCGAGUGAUGGAGAAGAGCAGAGACAGAAGGCAAAGAGACUGGAAUGCAGAUAGCUCAUUUGUUUCCUACAGGCCAGGCCCUUCUGAGGGUUCUUGGCAAGAGGAGGUUCCUGGAGACCCACAGUUCGUACAGAGAACCUCGAGCACAGGCCUGGAGCCCAGCGGGUCUCAAGAGGUCGAGACGAUUCUGGUGCCCUCGACCGAACGAAUGCGGAUAGACUCUGUGGAACAGGCAGAAGUGGAGAGUCCCCUGGUGGAAAGAGAGCGGAGACCUCCCCCGACCGUGAGUCCGGGCUUUGAGACCUGGAUGGAAGAAGCCGAAAGCACCUUCUCCAGGCAAGUGAAGGAGAAUGAGAUUCAGGCUAUUCCAGGGGAACAAGUGACAGAGGAACAAUUCACAGAUGAACAAGGCAAUAUUGUUACUAAAAAGAUCAUCAGGAAAGUGGUGCGGCAGAUUGACUCUUAUGGCGAUGGCGACCUGCAGGAACACGAGGAGGUGAGAGGGAGCUUCCUGCAGCCGGAGCUGAUCGAGGGGAGGAAGGGGGCACAGAUAGUGAAACGAGCCAGCCUGAAAAGGGGCAAACAAUGACCCUCACCCCCGCACCCCCCACCCCCGAACGGUCUCUUGGGAGGAUCACACCUCAACACCAAACCACUGAACUCCACACACUUUGACGUGCACACAGGAGGAGAGCCAGGCGUGGAGGGCAGCAGAGCUGGCGGUACAUGACAUGUUUCUAUAGGCUAACGGCAUGACUUCUGUAAGAGACUUCCUUUCCUGUCCCAUCCGCAUGAAUGACUGACUGUAGACGCAUGACCUACAGUACACAAUCCUGCCUCUGGCGACCGACCUCCGACUGGCAACGGGAACCAGGACAAAAGCGGCAAGAAAGAAUGGCCAAGGGCUCAGUUGUGGCUGGAGGGGUGGCAUUUUUUAAGUCAUUUUAAUUUGGGCUUCGUAGAGGGGCCGUUUUUUCAGCUUCAUCGGUGCAAAAUCCACAUGAACUUCCUGAAAAAACAAAGGAGUGAAAUCAGCACGACCCCUAGCCCUCCUCCCUCCCCUGCCAGCCUUACCACCCCCCCAUCCCAGACCUCUACUUGUGACCCUGCUUCCUCCUCCAGCCCCCUUUCCACGUUAUACACACACACACCACAAGCUCUUCUCCCGUUCUAUAUACACACACACAUAGAUUUUUUAACUGUGAAGUCUGAAGUUGUAUAGCAAUCUCCUGUGGGUAAACUGGAAUUUUUUUUUUUUUUACUUUGACUCUCUGCUGGUUUCAGUUUUGACUCAUCUUCCAAUGGAACAGAAUUCAUGAAUUCACCCUAAUGAGUCUGGGGUCGAGUGUUCAGGGCUUGGUGUCAGUCAAAGGAACCAAAACUCCCUUUAGGGUUCCGAGGUAGGAGUAGCCCAAGCCAAAGCUUGAUUGUUUUUUUUCUUUUUGGGUAGACAGUGUGGAGUGGCUGCCCCAGGAUUGCACCAGCAUGUCCUACAGGGAAGAGGUUUUCUAUUUCAAGCACUUAUCUCCUAGUUUGUGUUUAAAGUGUAAACUGUACAGUAAUCAGCCUUGUGUAUAUGAAAAAAUAAAUACUAUGCAAACCGAUAGAAACACUUUAGCAGUAUGUACAAAGCACUAACAGCUCAGCUCCUGAGUACUUGUUCAGGCUGCAGGGAGGAGCUACAGCCCCAUCCUUUCGUUGGGAAAGGAAGGGGGAAGUAGGUCAAGUGAAUGUAUCUGUGAGCUUUUAGGAGUCUGAGAGGGAAACUUAAAAGGUCUCCCAGAGAAUUACUGGCCCUUCUAUUUCCGUGAACCUCAACCGGGUGGCGGGGAGGAAGGAAAGUGUGGCCCGGGGCCUGGAGCGAGGAGGGGAAUUGGUGGAGAGGGACCCCUCUGGUGCCAUGUUGAGCACUGGAAGGAGUCAGGCCCCGGCAACCUUUCCCAAACCCACCCCCAAUGUGGGGCCACCCCUGCCCUCCGGGCCGAAGGCAGACUAGAUGCAGACACCAUGGGGGCAACUAGCCACAGAGGGAGGGAAAACUGCACAGGUCCCAACCCCUCCUCCCACACAUUCCCCCCCUCCUCUGACCAAUGCUCUGCUCUCCUUGGGGCAGCAACGGGAAGAGAUCCUCUCCAUUCCCGGCCUCUGUCCCAAUGGCGAUGAGCCUUAAGGUAACAGCAGCCUCCUGAGGAGGCCAAAAUCAGCACAAAUCCCCCAGGCAGCAGGCGCUAUCCAGGUGAAAAAAACAACAGAGUUCUCUCCGACCUGCUCUUCUGGAUGCUAGGAGAGCGUUUUUAUUGGAUGUCAAGUUACCUCUCAAGGUUUCUGUGAGUGCAUUCAAACCUUCUAAGUAGCACAGUGCCCCCCUGCCCACGGAAUCCAAAUUAUUUAAUCAGCCCCAGGGUCCAGGCCCCCUAAGCCGACAGAAGGCCGACGAGCUUUCUAUUCCGUUGGAGGAAACGGCAGUUCUCCUCUGGCCCCUUGGAAGUUAGAUGAGAGCUGGCAGACUAUGCUUUCCUCUCCUUUCCAUGCCCCCAGCACUGGACACUGGUGAAAUGCUCACCACAUCCUCCCCAGCCCCCAGCUCAUGAAAAGGAACCAUUGGGACUGGGCCCCCCCCCCCCGUCCAGAACAGCUUGCCUUUCGGUUUUAUCCUCCAAGGGUGUAACCGUGCGGACAGCUGCGCCCUGCCUUCUGCAGGGCCCAAGGACAGAUUUGCCAAAACUCAUCCGCUGGGCUGAGUCCCCCAGAAGGGCUGGCCCAGGGAUGGAGGAAGCACCACAAUAAUUCGCCUCCUCCACCCUCAAGCGAAUCUAUCUCUGCCAACAAACCUCUGCAUUCAGCAACGGCCAGAGGGUGGAGGGGUGAGGCUUUUGAGUGGGUAGCCUUCCUCCUCUUCCGUCCUCUCCUAGGAGACCCAGGGCUGCUGAGAGGAAAGGGGAGCAAAGAAAUUCUGCCUUUUUCCAAGGAAGAUUUCCAUCGUCCCAUUUUUAAUAAUUUGGUACUCUCUUAACACUGCCUAGCAUAAAGCAGACACAGAAGCCACCGCCACCCAGACCACCCAGGCACUUCGAACGUCAGCAUGGGUAGGUUACACGCUAACCAGCAGACGGGGGAAGAUUUAGGCGGUGAGUUUCCCCCUCCCCCAGAGUGGCCCAAACCCAGGCCGGCCCACUGCUCUCGCAGGACUGGGCGAUGAGAACCCUUCCCCCCGGGAGGGCUGGUGAGGGUGAGGGAAGGGGGUAUCAAUGGGCAGAAAUUCAUAGAGAACACAAGUGAACGGGCUAUAGGUUUAUCGUCCAAGAGACAAGUGGCACUGAUAGAAAACGUGCAACUCUAUACUACACAGGUACACCUAUAGUAUCCUUUUUUUUUUGUACAAUAAUCUCCCUAGAAUUGCUGAAGCAGCUGAAUCCAAUAGUAUCUUCCUAGAGUCUCACCCGGGUUUGGACGCUCCGGUCCAUAUGCUUUGGCAUCGUAUUCUAGGUCUGCAAUGACUGCUCAGCCUGCACUUGCACCGGGCCUCUUCGGGGGACAUUGCUUUGCACCCAAUUGCUAAUAGGAGCUGUUAGGGGAGGACUUUGAGGUCUCAACCGUGAUACCUAGAGAAUGCUGCAGACUGCGCACUAGACGCUUUUUAGAAGUUUUAAAAUUACUUUUCUUUCUUUUUGUAUUGUUAUGAAAAUGAGCCUUUUGGACUCCCUUCCACAUACUCUGUAUGAGAGAUCCCUGAUGUAUAGAUCAUUCUCCCCUACACCAGCUAAACCGAUGUCAGAUUAAUAAAGAAAUGACCACACUGA